AUGCACAAGAGUGGAAACAAUGGCCCAGCCGUGGAUACGAAGUGGUACUAUUUGGGACCAGACAAGGAAAACUAUGGACCGUAUAUGUCAAAGGAUAUGAACUUUUGGUUGCAAGCCGGUUAUUUCACACCCGAGCUUCAGUUGAAAACAGAGAACGAGCAAAACUAUCAUACGCUGGGCGAAUGGACGCAAGUUCUUGGAUCUCCUCCAUUCCUCACCCCGGUUCACUCCCUCGAAGCUUCAGCCGCCACUGCACAAUGGCAACAAGUGCGACAGCAACCACCGAUGAUGGUCAUGCCACCGGGACUCAACAAUCAAUUCCCACCGCAGAUGCGGAUGCAGUACCCGCCGUUCGUGCAAAUGCCGUUCCUCCAUCAAAUGAACCAAAACGGUCCACCUCUGAUGCACUCCCAGCCACCAUCGGAGCCAAUCGACGGAUCUUUGUCUCACACUCCGGACUCAGACGAUGCGCGGUUAGCCGCAGAGCAAGCUCUACAGCAGCCUCCAUCUUGGCUGGUCGCACUCGGCCUUGCGAAUCACGGACAAGCCCAGGGACAUGGACACGGCCCAAAGCUGCACCACUCCCAUUUCCAAGCUAUGCAACAGCUUACCAAGCAAAUACAGCACGCUAGCAUUGCUACAGAGCCAAUUGUGAAAAAGAAUGUUGAGUGCCAAACCGAGCCAACAAAGAUUGAGGUUUCAAAGGCCGCUGCUUCCCGUCUUCUCACCGAGCUCAUGGGACAAACAGUUAUCAUCAACUGA